UAGUUUGGCACAAUUUUUGUACUUAAGAAGCUGGAGGUAGCAUUAGUCUGGCCAGAAUUGUCUUUUUAUUUUAUCUUUUACCUUUCAUUUUAUGUCUGCUUACACUUUACCCUUUUCGAACCUCACUUGUGUGAUUACACGGGGUAUGUUAAUGUUGUUGUUACCUCUUAUUUGAUUAUAUAUAUAUAUCUAGUUGUUUUCUUUUUUUAAAAAAACAUUAUGCUACUAGAAUCUGCCGGUAGUUUCUUAUCCUUCGAUUUCUGUUACUAUCUAAUGUCACUUGUAGUUUGACUAUCACACUAUUCUAUUGUAGUUGUUGUUCCUUUUUAUUUUCAUGUUUUGCUUUGUCAAUACUCUCUAUAGUAUCUGCUUUGAUAUGCUUUUCCUUGAGCGGAGGUCUAUACGAAACAACUUCUCUAUCUCCCAAGGUUGGGGUAAGGUUUACAUACUAUACCUUUCCCAGGCUCUACUUGUGGGAUUACGUAUGUUGUUGUAUGCCAGUGGAAUAUAUAUAGAAGGCAUAAUACAUAAAUGAAUAUUCAAACUUGGCCUACUCACAAGUAACCACUCCAACUUUGAGAAUGCGUCCUUCCUUAUUUUCUCCAUUCUUUUGGUUUGUUUGUGUCAUUUUGUUUCAAAUGAUUUGGUUUCUUACGACAAUACAAAUAUGUGAAGUGGAAACUUCUUAAUUAUUGGAUGAUUAGUUCCUGUCUCUGUUAACAGAAACUGAUUAGAAUUGGUUCUCAACAAUUAUUCUUAUGAUUUAUCUUGUCUGUCUGCCUUUAUGGCUUUUCUUUCUAAAAGUUACUUGUUUAUUGGUAAUCUGUGAUAGAGGGGAGUUCAACCCAAAUAAUCGGUUGUUAAACAGAGAGAAAUAACUGUGAACUGAUAGAUAUCUACAUUAACAAUGUAUUCCUAUAUGUCCUUUCACCUUAGCACUAGGACGUUUAGCUUAAAUUAGUUUUUGUUUCUGCCUUGUAAAUGGCCGGUUUCCUAGAGUAUUGCCUUUGUCCGUGGUUGAGUAUAUUAUACUUCACCUCAGUAAAGUACCUGACAUUUUGUUUAAACUUACAUUCACAGAUCUCCCUGUUUGAGUCUUGGAGCAUAUUGGAGGUAUGAGAUGGACUUUUUAGGCUGCCUAAGGGACUGAAAUAGAUAUGCAGAAGUAUCUCUUCUUUUAGCAACAGGAUGAAGAUUAGGAAAUUUUUGCGGAAAAUAAUUGCUAUUCUGUUGUUCAGAAUAGACUGGAAGAAGCUGGUUUUCAUUGGUGCUAUUCUGACAGUGUUUAGGAUAAUGUUUCAAAUUUCUACACUUCCUUAUCCUCUUACAGAAUGGAUUCUCUUCCCACCAUCGGAUAUUUCGUCUUCCCGAAAUUUGAAUGAUGAAAAGAACUUAAGGGAGCUUCCAGCGAGUCAAGAUAUCCGGUUUAACCUUAGUCAGCAUGCCCCCCUAGUUGUUUCACUCAACGCUACAGCUAGACUGAGCGAAACACAGCAAGUUCUGGAAAGACGAGAGCAAGUUUCGAGACAGCGGAAAAGUAGGAAGCAUGUGAAUGCAGUAGAUAAAGUUAUUUUCUCUUCUUCACCUGUUAGAAACAUGUCCAACCAUAUGCUGAGAUACAUAGCAUCUUUGACUCCAGAUGAGGCACUUGCAUAUGCCAAACAAGAGAUUGAGAAUGCCCCACUGGUUACGGAUGAUCAGGACUUGUAUACUCCUUUAUUCAGGAAUGUAUCCGUAUUUAAGAGGAGCUAUGAGUUGAUGGAACUUAUACUCAAAGUUUACAUUUACAAAGAAGGGAAAAGGCCGAUUUUUCAUCAACCUUAUCUUAGAGGAAUUUAUUCAUCCGAGGGAUGGUUCAUGAAGCUGAUGGAGGAUAGUCGCCAGUUUGUGACAAGGGAUCCACAAAAGGCUCACCUGUUCUAUCUGCCAUAUAGCGCACGUCAGUUACAAAAGGCACGAUAUGUGGUGAACUCACAUGAUCUUAAGCCGUUAUCAGUGUUCCUGCGGAACUACGUGAACAUGCUAGCUUCAAAGUAUCCUUUCUGGAACCGCACACGUGGGUCAGAUCACUUUCUUGUUGCUUGCCAUGAUUGGGGACCUUAUACUCUAAAGGAUCAUGAGGAGCUGAGUAGAAACACUAUAAAAGCUCUCUGCAAUGCAGAUAUAUCUGAAGGAAUAUUUGUUUCUGGGAAGGACGUUUCCCUUCCCGAGACCACUAUUAGGAAUCCCAGGAGGCCUCUUAGAAACCUCGGUGGAAAAAGAGUGUCACAGCGCCCGAUUCUUGCCUUUUUUGCUGGAAAUAUGCAUGGUCCAGUACGUCCCAAACUUCUCAAAUAUUGGAGGGACAAAGAUGAAUCCAUAAGAAUUUACGGGCCUCUUCCCCAUAGAGUCUCAAAAGUUAUGUCUUAUCCUGAACACAUGAAAUCAAGCAAGUACUGCCUUUGUCCGAUGGGUUAUGAAGUGAACAGCCCGAGGAUUGUCGAGGCAAUAUAUUAUGAGUGUGUUCCGGUUAUCAUCGCUGAUAAUUUUGCGCUUCCAUUCAGCGAAGUACUUAACUGGACUGCUUUUUCUGUGGUUGUCUCUGAGAAAGAUAUUCCUAGGCUAAAGGAGAUUUUAUUAAGUAUACCUCUGAGACGUUACCAGGUCAUGCAAAAUAAUGUCAAGAUGUUGCAGAAGCAUUUUAUUUGGAACUCAAAACCGACUAGAUAUGAUCUGUUCCAUAUGAUUUUGCAUUCAAUUUGGGUUAGCAGGCUCAACCAACUUCAAGUAUCGCAGAUAUCAUAAUUCCUCGAGUUCUAGUUGUUCCAACUUGAUGGUUUGUGAGCUUAUCAAUUCGGAUGUUGAUAUGCAAAACUUUUCAAUAGCUGCAACCGGUUCAGUUCUCCUAACAUGUGCACUUGUAAUGAUCUCUUCGAAUGCUCCUUCCACACUUGGCUAGAAAAAAAAAAAAACUAGCUGGCUGUAGAAGGUUGCCAUUCUAUAAAGGAGUUUAAUCAGAGAGAUUACAUCCAUUCCAUGAACCGAUUAAGCAAUUUCUGAUAGCAGAAACUACUUUUGUACUUUGACAGAAAGAGUUGGCUGCAGAAGACUAACUCAGAUAAUGCAGUCCAUGUACCAAGUCAAAAGUCCUGGCAGAUUUUCUCUUAUUUAUAGUUCAAAGGCAAAAAGAACGCUGUUUAAGCUCAUGUGUAUGAUCUUUUUGCAAGUAACAGGAUUACUUGAGAAAGAAAGAGGAACGAGGGAGAGAGAAUGGAGAAGAUCAGAGUAAUACUUCAAUCUGAUCAAGAUAAUGGAACAUUUUCCACAUUCGACUACACUCCUUUGUCGUGGAUGUUAUGUCUUCAUAGAUGAGUUGUGACUGAGAGUUAAACUGAGCUUUGACAGUUGAUACCGAUCGGUACAUGCCAACAUUCUGUGUGUGACCAGUGGUGAUAAAAUAGAGCCGGAGAAUGAGUAUGAUCUUAGUUUAUCGAUGCAUUAAUUUUCUCUCUUUGCUUGUGUAUGCAUAGUUCGAGU